CCAAUCAAACGGUCGGUAAUGUGGAUUGUUGGCUACGUAUCACGCCCAGGAGCUGAGCGUUGCGCUUCCUUGCGCAGCGUGGCAUGGCCAUCACGCAUCCGGCCAGCACUCCCCUCUCCUCUUUGCUGCGAUGUUAUUCGUAGCUUUUGCUUGCCUUCGUAUUAAGAAAACCCAGGCAUCACUCUUACCUCUUCUCUCCUCUGCCCUCCGCCCUCUCUUCUUCCACCUUCCCCGCGCCAACGCCUUCCGCCACGCCCCCUGCUCUUCUUCUCUCCAUCCAUCCUCGCUCUCCACCACCUCCUCCAGCAAUGCGGCCCCGCGCAUCUCCACGUCCCAUCGAGACCGAAGCACUAAUCCGGAUGUGGCCCGCGCCAAUUACCUGAUCACCUACCUCAGCAGCCAGGGCAAGAUGGCUGACGCACGCCAGUUGUUCGACCGAACGCCCCAGCGAGACGUCAUCUCCUGGACCGCCAUGAUCUCCGGGUACAUCCGGUGCGGUAUGCUCCGUGAGGCCCGCAAUCUCUUCGACCGCCCCGAUGCCAAGAAGAACGUUGUCACAUGGACCGCCUUGCUCUCUGGGUAUGUGCGGUCGAAGCGGAUCGAAGAAGCCGAGAAGCUCUUCGAGCAUAUGCCGGAGAAGAAUGUGAUCUCUUGGAACACCAUGGUAUCCGCGUAUGCUGAGAAUGGACUCAUCGACAAGGCCUAUGAUUUGUUCAUGAAAAUGCCCACAAGAAAUGUGGUGUCUUGGAACACAAUUAUCACUGCCCUGGCUCAGUCAGGGAGGGUCGACGAGGCUUAUAAGCUCUUUCGCCAGAUGCCUGAGAGGGAUGUGAUCUCGUGGACAGCAAUGAUCGCAGGGUUGUCACAGAACGGGAGUGUUGAUGAGGCUCGCAACAUUUUCGAUCAAAUGCCGGAGAGAAAUGUGGUCUCCUGGAACGCCAUGAUAUCGGGCUAUGCCCAAAGUCGAAGGCUUGGUGAAGCUCUAGAUCUCUUCGAGAAGAUGCCUAGUAGAGAUAUUCCUUCUUGGAACACGAUGAUCACGGGAUUUAUACAAAAUGGAAAUUUGAAGCUAGCUCAGGAAUUAUUCGAUAAAAUGGACGAAAGAAAUGUAGUCACUUGGACUACAAUGAUAACAGGCUACAUCCAGGAAGGGCAGAAUGAGAUGGCUUUGAAGAUCUUCUCUGAAAUGCUGGCCGCUGGUAUUAAGCCAAAUCAAGGAACUUUCGUGAGUGUUCUGGACGCUGUUAGCAACAUAGCAGCACUCCAUGAAGGAAUGCAGAUCCAUCAGAUGAUAAGCAAAACCAUCUUUCAAUUUGACCCCCUCGUCGGAUCUUCUCUCAUAAGCAUGUACUCAAAGUGCGGUGAAAUCGGUAUAGCUAGAAAGGUGUUAGACCUGUUACCCCAGAAGGACUUGGUGUCUUGGAAUGGAAUAAUUGCUGCAUAUGCCCACCACGGCAAUGGCAGGGAAGCGGUCCAGCUGUUUGAAGAGAUGAAAAGAAAUGGAUUCAAACCUAAUGAUGUGACCUAUGUGGGGUUGCUCUCCGCUUGUAGCCACUCGGGUUUGGUCGUCGAGGGGCUUAAGAUUUUCAGGUCUCUGAUAAAAGAUGGAUCGAUCCAAGUGCGAGAAGAGCAUUACGCUUGUUUGAUAGAUCUUUGUGGCCGAGCCGGACGGCUCGAGGAAGCUGCAAGUCUUAUCAAGGAGCUUAAAGUUAAACCUUCAUCUGCUUGCGUGUGGGGAGCGCUUCUUGGUGGUUGUAAUGUUCAUGGGGAUGUGAAGAUCGGGAAGUUGGCAGCAAAGAAGCUAUUGGAGGCGGAGCCUAACAAUGCUGGGACUUACACAUUGUUAUCCAACAUCUGUGCAUCGGCUGGGAGAUGGAAGGAAGCAGCAAGGAUUAGGCUAAAGAUGAAGGAUAGGGGACUCAAGAAGCAACCAGGAUGCAGUUGGAUUGAGGUGGGCGAUAAGGUUCAUGUCUUUGUGGUGCGUGACAAGUCUCACAGCCAGACUGAAUCGAUCUAUGGUCUGUUGCAAGAUCUUCACCACAAGAUGAAGAUGGCAGGGUACGUGCCCACCAUGGAUUUACAGUAGAUGCUAGUGAUUUGAUGGUUCUCUGAUCUUUUCUCAGGAGAAAGCAAAGAAGUUUUGGCUUUAGCUGCAGGAUCUGCUGAAAUUGUCUUCUAGAUUAUCUGUUUCUAUAGGAUUAAAGCUGGUCGGGCAUCUCAGUGGACUACAUAAAAAGACUGUCCUAUGGAGCGAGACGGUUCUAGGGCAUUUUGGGAAGAGGCAAAGCCGGAAAUUUCGUUUUACCGUGUUCUCGAGGGGCCUCUUGUUUUUUUAUCAAAAAAAAAGAAACUAGGUAAUUAGGCGGCUGGGUGUUUUGGAAAGGCCUCCUCACGCCUUGCUUUGCUCUUGUCAUUCGUUGGAUGCGGCUUCUGGGGUUGUUAUUGGAAUUCGCCUUGCUUUGCUCGUCAUUCGUUGGAUGUGGCUUCUGGGGUUGUUAUUGGAAUGCGCUGCUGGUGGUCUCUUGUUUUAGUUUUUUCAUUGAUUUACAUGCUGGAGGUUUUGUAAUAAAGAUAUAUAGAUUUUCCUUAUGAGAUUUUUUUUUUUUUCGGAUAACUAGUUUCUUUUUA